AUGGCGAUGAAACGACUAGCCUCUCACCGCCAUCAAUUCCAACGAGACGAACAAUUUGAGACAGAGUAUCGGGCGGUCAUUCAGGAAUAUUUGGAAAUGGGUCACACGAAUAAAGUCACAUCACGCCUUCAUUCAGAUAACGGAUACUACCUGUCACAAUACGGCAUAAUCAAGGACUCGAGCACAUCUACAAAUCUUCGCAUUGUGUUUGACGGAUCUGCACCAAGCACCACCGGAGUUUCCUUAAACGAUACCCUUUACACAGGACCGAAAUUGCAAGAGAAAUUGUUUAACGUCCUCUGUAAAUUCCGCUCUAAUCAAUAUGUUCUCACUGGUGACGUCGCGAAAAUGUAUAGACAAUUCCUCGUGCGUCUGAAAGAUCGGAAGUACCAUCACAUUUUGUGGCGUAAUUCCAACGGCGGGAACAAAACAUACCAAAUCAACACCGUUAUGUUUGGGCUGUCGGCAGCACCAUAA